AUGCAAAGGAUGAAAAUUUGAUUUUAGAAGAACUUGAAGAGAAAAAUGCCCAUUUAUGCGAAAUGAUACCCAAGCUGAGAAGACUCAUUGUAAAGAUCCGAGCCUCUCCACAACGCAAAGCAAGAUUUUCCAGUCAGUGUGAUCUUUAUCAAGACGUUAAAAAUCUAAACCUUAUUUUAGAUGUUAAGACGAGGUGGAACUCUACGUAUUUGAUGCUAAAACGUGCACUUGAACUUCAGAAGCCCCUUAAUGAUAUAACAAUGAUCAAACAGGAAUUAAAAAUUUUUUUAAUUUUAACAGAAGAAUGGAAUCACAUAAAAGAAUUAUAUCGUGUAUUUGAGAUUUUUCAUAGAGCAACUGAAGAAAUGUCAAAAUUACAAAGUGUUACACUUUCUUCUUCAAUUCCUAUAUACAACGUUUUGUUAGAUCAUUUAAAAAAACUCCUUGAUAGUGAAAAUAGAGAGUAUUGUAUAAUUCCUAAAGUAAGAACUGCUGUAGCAAAAGAUAGUAUCGGCAACAACAAUGGGAAUGAGAUUGCUAAUAAUCCAGCUCAAGAUCAAAAUAAAAGCAAUUUUUUUGGCUUGUUUGAAAUAGGUAAUGAUUCUUUUGAUGAAGAUGAACUAGAGGAAUAUCUUCGAAAACCUGUGGUACACAAAGUUACUUAUCCACAUCUGGCAACUAUGGCUCAGGAUUUUUUAGCAAUUUCAGAAACCAGUGUGCCUGUUGAGCGAGUAUUUUCUAGUGAAGCUGACCUGUUGGCAAAAAAACGUUAUAAUUUAGGAAAAGAAUCAAUCCAGGCGUGCAU